AUGAUAUUUGGCAUCAUUGUGUAUCUAUUUUUAAUUUAUAUUUUACAUAAUGCUUAUUCAAAAUAUAAAAGAUUAAAUGAAAAUCAAUUACCAGGUCCUUUUCCAAUUCCUAUAUUGGGCAACAUUUAUCAGUUAACCAAUUUACCUCAUUUUGAUUUAACAAAGAUGAGUGAAAAAUAUGGUAAAAUCUUUAGAAUUUAUUUAGCAGACUUAUAUACAGUUAUUGUUUGUGAUCCAAUAAUUGCAAGAGAGCUAUUUGUUGACAAGUUUGACAAUUUCAUUGACAGACCAAAAAUACCAUCAGUAAAACAUGGAACAUUUUAUCAUGGUACAGUAGCAUCAAUGGGUGAUAAUUGGAAAAAUAAUAAAGAGAUUGUUGGUAAGGCAAUGAGAAAGACCAAUUUAAAACAUAUUUAUCAAUUAUUGGAUGAUCAAGUUGAUGUAUUAAUUGAAUCGAUGAGAACCAUUGAAUCCAGUGGUGAAACAUUUGAUCCACGUUAUUAUUUAACCAAAUUUACAAUGUCAGCAAUGUUUAAAUAUAUUUUCAAUGAAGAUAUUUCCAAAGAUGAAGAUGUGCAUAAUGGUCAAUUAGCACAAUUAAUGAAACCAAUGCAAAAGGUAUUCAAAGAUUUCGGUACUGGUAGUUUAUUUGAUGUUUUAGAGAUAACAAGACCAUUGUAUUUCUUAUAUUUAGAAUGGUUUACAAGUCAUUAUUAUCAAGUUAUUAAUUUUGGUAAAAUGAAAAUUUAUAAACAUUUAGAAACUUACAAACCAGAUGUUCAAAGAGACUUAAUGGAUCUAUUGAUUAAAGAAUAUGGUACAGAAACUGAUGAUCAAAUUUUAUCAAUCUCUGCAACAGUUAGUGAUUUCUUUUUAGCUGGUGUUGAUACUUCUGCAACUUCUUUAGAAUUAAUUGUAAUGAUGUUAAUUAAUUAUCCAGAAUAUCAAGAGAAAGCUUAUAAUGAAAUUAAAUCAGCAUUAUCAUCAAAUGGUGGCGGUGGUGGUGGUGGUUUAACUCAGAGAAAUAAAGUUUUGUUAUCAGAUAGACAAUCAACACCAUUUGUUGUAUCAUUAUUUAAAGAAACAUUAAGAUAUAAACCAAUAUCACCAUUUGGUUUACCAAGAUCAACUACCUCUGAUAUCAUUUUAAAUAAUGGUCAAUUUAUUCCAAAGAAUGCUCAAAUUUUAAUUAAUUAUCAUGCAUUAUCUAGAAAUGAAGAAUAUUUUGAAAAUCCAAAUCAAUUUGAUCCAACUAGAUUUUUAAAUUCUGAUUCAAAUCCAGCUUUCAUGCCAUUUAGUAUUGGUCCAAGAAAUUGCGUUGGAAGUAAUUUUGCCCAAGAUGAAAUUUAUAUUGCAUUAUCAAAUAUGAUAUUAAAUUUCAAAUUUAAAUCAAUUGAUGGUAAACCAGUUGAUGAAACUCAAACUUAUGGUUUAACAUUAAAACCAAACCCAUUCAAAGUAAUUCUUGAAAAAAGAAAAUAA